AUGGCCUCUAUUUUCUACAGCAGUACCGUUUUCUUGUAUUGCCUGCCCAUCCGGAGAUGCUCCCCUAAAGUUCAGAAGGUAGAAGCUCUGUUAGUAGUGGUGGUCACACCAUCUUUGAACCCAUUCAUUUACAACCUAAGGAAUGAAAAGGUCAAGAAUUCCUUGAAGGACGUUGGUGAAGUAAUUAAGCAACUGUCAAAUGAUGCUAUGACAAAAAAAGAUACAGGACCUCAGACAUUGGAAUAUGCUGUAGCUAUGAAGCCGCACAACCACAGCAGUGUGGUGACCGAAUUUGUCCUCUUGAGCUUCCCCAUGCCCUGGCCAUGGGACAUCCUAUUCUUUGUGCUGCUGCUAGCCAUCUUCACAUUGACCUUGACUGGGAACCUCCUGAUCAUCAGCCUGGUGUUUAAAGAUCGUCGGCUCCGUACCCCUAUGUACUUCUUUCUCUGUAACCUGUCCAUUCUGGAGAUCCUCUUCAUUUUCUCUGUCAUCCCAAAGUUGAUGGAAAACCUGCUGUCUCUGGACAAAACCAUCACCUUCUGGGGCUGCAUCACCCAGUGCUACUUCUACUUCUUCCUGGGCAUUGCUGAAUUCUUCCUGAUUGCUGUCAUGUCCCUUGACCGCUAUGUUGCUAUCUGCCACCCUCUCCACUACCAUCUCAUCAUGAAUAAGCGUGUCUGUGCCCUCCUCGUCUUGGGAUGCUGGCUGGGUGGAUGCCUUUUCCCACUUUCCUCCAUCAUCCUGCUAAGCAGGUUGCCCUUCUGUGGCCCCAAUAUAAUAGACCAUUUCUUCUGUGACUAUGCCCCACUGGUCCGGCUCUCCUGUAUCGACACCAACCUGCUCUUGACUAUAGAGUCUGUCCUUGCCGGAGUUGUGCAGGCCAGCUCAUUAGCUUUCACACUUGGGUCUUAUGCAUACAUUAUCAGCACCAUCCUGCGCAUCCGCUCAUCCACGGGGAGACAGAAGGCUUUUUCUACCUGUGCCUCUCACAUUACUGUGGCCUCUAUUUUCUAUGGCAGUGAUUUCAUGUAUUGCCUGCCAAGCCAGGGACGCUCCCCUGAUGUGCAGAAAGCAGUGAGCAUGUUAUCAUUGGUGGUCACACCACCUCUGAAUCCCUUCAUUUACAGUCUGAGGAAUGAAAAGGUCAAAAACGCCAUGAGGGACUUUGUGAGGGGUAAAAAAAUUUCACUCUAG